CCCGUUGGGAAUCCGGCCCCCGGGUGGUCCGGAAACGAUUCUGGACCCGUGGCCAUGUCCAGGGCCCGGAACCCCCUGGGAUUGUGGGAAAUGUAGUUUUUUGCCUCAGUAAGGGACCAGUUGGAGCUGAGGAACCGCGAGAGGACUGGGACCGUGACUCCUCUAACCGGAAACCGUCGCCUUUCGGGCCCGGCGGGGCCUGAGCCAAUGCAGAAUCGGGGGCCGCGAGGACGCCAGGGGGCGCUGCGCGUAGGAACCGCCGGGUGGCCGCUGCCGAUGGGGGCCGACUCGGGGACGGACCGGAAGUGCCUGAGGGCGGCCGCGGAACAGUCAAUUUGAGCCGCGGUCGGGCCUGGGAAGGGUCAGCGGCCGACCUGAGGGCCUAGGACGCUGCGGCGGGCGGACCCGGGGUCCCGCCCAGAGGGUCCCGGCGCCAGGCAGCGCGAUCCGCGCGGGGGUGAAGCCGGGGAGGGUGCCGGCCUCCACGUUCUGGGACUUUUCUGUGCGUCCGAGCGCGACACCGCCGCCGUCGGGGGCUUGGGAGCCUCCGGGCGCGAGCUGUGUUGGAAGCAAAGUCCUCCUUCUCCCCUGGGACCCGGGGCCGCCACCCACAGACCAUGCUCCUGGGGCGCCUGACCUCCCAGCUGCUGAGGGCCGUUCCCUGGGCAGGCGGCCGCCCGCCUUGGCCCGUCUCUGGAGUGCUGGGCAGCCGGGCCUGCGGGCCCCUUUACAGCACACCGCCGGCCGGCCCAGGUAGGGCGGCCUCCUUCCCUCGCAAGGGGGCCCAGCUGGAGCUGGAGGAGAUGCUGGUCCCCAGGAAGAUGUGCGUCAGCCCCCUGGAGAGCUGGCUCACGGCCCGCUGCUUCCUGCCCAGACUAGAUAGCGGGACCGCAGGCCCCGUGGCUCCUCCCCAGUCCUACCAGUGUCCGCCCAGCCCGAUAGGGGAAGGGGCCGAGCAGGGGGAUGAAGGCGUCGGGGAUGCGCCUCAAAUUCAGUGCAAAAACGUGCUGAAGAUCCGCCGGCGGAAGAUGAACCGCCACAAGUACCGGAAGCUGGUGAAGAGGACGCGGUUCCUGCGGAGGAAGAUCCGGGAAGGACGCCUGAAACGCAAGCAGAUCAAGUUCGAGAAAGACCUGCGGCGCAUCUGGCUGAAGGCGGGGCUGAAGGAAGCCCCCGAAGGCUGGCAGACCCCCAACAUCUACCUGCGGGGCAAAUGAGUCUGGCGCCGCCCUUCCCGCCCGUUGCUGCUGCGAUCUCUAGUAAUAAAUGCUCAGAGGAGUCAACCAUU